AUGGGUGAAAAAUUACCUCUAAAAGAACUUUCCAAAACAGGGUUUAAAAUUCUUGAAAUAAAUGUAGAUGCCCCUUUUAUUACCGGAAACUUGGAGUCAACCUUUCAUUAUUUAUUUUUCAAACGCCACGAAUCACGCGGAAGUAAAGAUUCGCCCACAAAGGUUCCGCCCGAGAGAACUUUAUUUAUCUCGAAUCUGCCUACGGAUACAACUGAGGAACACGUUAGAUAUAUAUUUGAGGAAUAUGGAGAGAUUGAAGGCGUAAUAUUUCACGGGAUUCCUGAUAGUGAAGAAUUUUUGAUUGAUGAAAAUAAUGACAUUGACAAGAAGGAUCCUGAAUUAAGUUCGUCGGAGAACAAGAUAUAUCAGGGAAAGAAAUUAAGGAAGAGGAGAAACCUAAGGCCAAGAAUUGGAACUGCCGAUAAAUACAAGCUUCUUACGCGUGAGUUUUAUGGGUCAAGAACGCUUCUUAUCCCAGCCUCUUCGGCCUACGUGAUAUUUGAGAGUUCGGAAGGAUUAAACAAUGCACUUAAUAUGAGCCAAAAAAUGAGACUUUGGAAAUCCCGUCAUUCAAUUCUCCCUUUGGGUCUUGAUAAAUGGAUUAAAGAGUAUAAAGAUCUCCGAUGUGAUCCUAAAGAACUCCAAAAAGAAGUUGACGAAUAUAUGCGCAAAUUUGAGGAAGCUGAACAAAAAAGACGUCAAGAACUGGAAGCUAAACAUAACCAACCAGAUGAAGAGGGAUUCAUAACGGUCACCAGAACUGGAAGAAGGAAUGUUAAUACUGAUGGUACGAUCACUGUCACAGCAGCCAAGCCGGAAGAGGUUAAGGACUUAAAACCAAAAAAUAAAGAAUUAGUCGACUUUUAUCGUUUUCAAACGCGUGAGACCAAGAGAAACAGGCUUGUUGAUUUGCGCAAAAAGUUUGAAGAAGAUAAACAAAAAAUUGCAAAGCUUAAGGCUAAUAGGCGCUUUAGACCAUACUGA